UGCGAAUCUUGCAAAAUAUCUUCUGUCUUCUUCUUCUUCUUCUUCUUCUUCUUCGCUCUUCUCUCUUCUCUCUUCCAUUCCAUGACAUACCAUAAAACAUAUAAAACAUUAAAACAUUAACAUGAGACAUGAGUCUGCCUCCCAAAUCUUCUCUUUCAUCUCCAAAAACAAACACACCUCCAUUUUCAUUUUCUUCUCGUCAAUAUAUACGUAUAUAUACUCUUUUAUUUUUUAGAUUAAAAUGUAAAGUUUUUCCUUCUCCCAUGAAUCCUGCUGGUUUCUAUAAACCCUAAUUUCUUCUCUCCUUCCCGGCUCUAUAGUUUUGGUUGAUCCAAAGUUCGUCCAUAUCAUUUCUUUAUUUGUUUCGAAGCCCCAAUUCUGCUUUCUGAUUACUGCAAAAAAAUCAACCAAAGGAAUGGGAGACGAAGUUCAUACGAACGAAUACGAAAACGGUAUUGACGGUGGAGACGGGGAACGAGUGCUCGAAUGGGAAGCUGGCUUGCCCAGCGCAGAUGAUCUUACGCCCUUGUCUCAGCCUUUGAUCCCACCGGAGAUUGCUUCCGCCUUCAGUAUAACCCCCGUGCCUUGUCCAAGCAUGCUCGAUGUGAAUCAUGCGUCGCAAAACACGAUAUCUAUCCUCUAUCGGCAGUCGUCCCUGUCUUUCUCUUCCUACCACCUCAAGUCGUUGCCUUCUUUCAUCGAGGACAGUACCCGUGAUGCCAUGGUUGUUGAAGGGGAAGAAAAUGAUGCCGGUUGUUCUACCAAGGACGGUUCCGGUUCCCGUAAGGUAAGGAGGCUUGAGAACGCUGAAGAGGCGGAUUCGACCUUGCCGACGGAGAAUUCCAUGGAAGAUCCGUCUGCCCGGACCUUGAAGAGGCCCCGGUUGGUUUGGACUCCUCAGCUUCACAAGCGAUUUGUCGAUGUCGUGGCGCAUCUGGGUAUCAAGAACGCUGUGCCCAAGACGAUCAUGCAAUUGAUGAACGUAGAGGGUCUCACGCGGGAGAACGUCGCCAGCCACCUCCAGAAGUAUCGCCUCUAUCUGAAGAGGAUGCAGGGGUUGUCCAACGAAGGCCCAUCCACAUCCGACCAUCUUUUUGCAUCGACGCCUGUGCCCCAGAGCUUGCACGAGCCGCCUGGCCACGGGCACAUGCCACUUCCCAUUCCUUAUCCAGCAUCCCUGAUGCCUACGCCGGUCCUUGGCAUGGCCCAUGGUCACGACCAUAUGGGGGUUCCAGUCGGAAAUCCGGGUGCUACAACCUAUCACGGUUUCGAGUCGCAUCCCUAUAACAUGUUCAGGGAGCAGCAGCGAGAUUGGUCUGGUAAUAAGUUCGGUUCUGUUGUAUCAUAUCCUCAUGUCACUCCUAAUGAUAAAUAAAAUUCUCAGAUUUUCAUUCA